UCCGAAUUUAAUAGGAGAAAAUUAUUUGUCAUCCAAUCUUUUACAUUUUUAACACACUCUGUUAGCUUAGAUAAUUGGGAAGUUUCAUCUGGUUUCAUCAAAUGUGCAACCAUUGUUAUAGAACAAAUAAGCAUAAUAAAGAUUUUGUGACUUUGUUAGGUUUUGUUAUUAUAUAUUCUUCUACUUUUAAGCAUUGCUUGAUACAAAGAACUGUAAAAAAUUUGUAGUUAUGUUAAUAAAUUCAUUAAAUUAUACGAAACAUUCUGGGGGAAUCUAAAUAGAAUAUAACAAAUGGAAUUUUGACACUUAAGGAUUUGCAGUUUUGUGUUGUUUUGCUGUUUAAUACAUUUUUAAUCGUAGGAAAUGUAAUGAAUGUGCAACUAUUGUUAUAGAACAAAUAAGCAUAACAAAGAUUUUGUGACAUUUUUUUCUUUUUAAGCAUACGUGCUCCUAUUAUUUGAUUUCAUAACUGAUCAAGAUUCAUAUCCAUAAUCGUAAAACUGUACUUGGUUGACGGUCAACGCUGCACAUUAGCGCCAUCUAAAGGAGAAACAUUCCACUGCACAGUUCCCAUGACAACCAUUCAACACACGGAAGUUGAGCGCUUGUGUUCGAACGAACUUCCGACGCACAGGUGAGGUUAAAAACAUCUAUCAUCAGCUGCAAUAAUUUGUUAUAUAAAACAGAGCGAGCAAAUGUAAUGAAUUUGUUUAAUCUUUUUGAUUAGCUCAUUUAUUAUGCAUCGCUAAAUAUACUAACUGAACUGAAAAAUUGUUCUCGUAAGUCAAUUUCAAAAUAAUUGUUGUUUAUUUUGCAUAUACAUUUAGUUUUCAAUUCAGGAACUUAAAAUACCAAAUCACAAAACAAAUAACCAAAAGAAAAAGAAAUAAGGUCCGAAGAGAGCAUCUGUUGACAUUUUCUCAUCUUUUUCUCUUUGUAGUCGGCUGCUCUGGUGCCUGACCGAAAGAUGCCCAGGUUUCGUGAGCGUCCAGGACAAGCACAAUGCCAUCCUGAGCAGAACGGUCUGAUAGCUAACAGAUACAUCAUCCAGCAGAGACUCGGGAAGGGCAGCUUCGCCACUGUUUACCUCGUUCAAGACACAAGAUCAGUAGCAGCUGAGAAACUGAAGGUGCUUAAGGAGAUUCCUGUUGGAGAUCUGAAACCCAAUGAGACGGUCCAUGCCACUCAAGAGGCUCAGCUUCUCUCUCAGCUGAACCAUCCUGCCAUCCUCAAGUUCUACACCAGCUUCCUGGAGAGAGACGCCUUCUGCAUCAUCACUGAGUACUGUGAGGACAAAGAUUUGGACUGUAAGUUGGAAGAGCUGAAACGCACAGGCCAGACGUUAUCAGAGCCUCAGGUCUGUGAAUGGCUCUGUCAGCUUCUGUUGGGAGUACAUUACAUACAUCAGAGGAGAAUACUUCACAGAGAUCUAAAGGCCAAAAAUAUAUUUAUAAGGAACAACAUUGUUAAGAUAGGUGACUUUGGUGUAUCCUGUCUGCUGAUGGGGUCAUGUGACCUGGCGACUACCUUCACAGGCACUCCAUACUACAUGAGCCCUGAAGCCCUCAGUCACAGAGGAUACGACUCCAAAUCAGACAUCUGGUCUUUAGGCUGUAUCCUCUAUGAGAUGUGCUGUUUGACACAUGCUUUUGAAGGGCAGAACUUCUUGGCUGUGGUGACGCUGAUUGUGGAGGGACCUACUCCAUCUCUGCCAGAAACAUACUCACGGCAGCUCAACUCUCUAAUGCAAAGUAUGUUAGAAAAGGAUUCUUCACGCAGGAUCUCGGCAGCAGAUGCGCUGAGGAGCAGGUUCAUUGAGGAGAGCUUGCAGAGCAUGAAAGACAAGUUUUUUAGCCUGACGCUGCGAGACAAGUCGAUGCGGGGAGAGAGAGAUGCGUCGCAGAUCCUGAGAGCACUGCAGAAGAAGUUACAUUUGCAGACACUGCGGGAGAGAUCAGAGGUGCAGAAAAUGAGCCCGAGAGAACGCAUGCGGCUCCGGAAACUCCAAGCUGCAGAUGAGAAAGCACGAAAGCUGAAGCAAAUUGUAGAGGAAAAGUACCAAGAAAACCACCUGCGCAUGCAAGAGUACAAGUCCAGAAAUUUUCAGAAAGUCAGUGUGGACGUUUUAACGGUGAGAACGGAAGAAGCAGUUAACCAGACUCAACCGAUUCAGAGUGAGACACCAAACAGAAGCUCCGAACUGUCAGAUAACACUUCUCAAAACUCUGAUAAGAUGUGCAAGUCUGUCUCAAAAGACCAUGCAAUCCCAGAGGAUCCUCAGGCGGCAGAGGCAUUUUACUCCGUGGAUGAAUUUGAGUCAUGCUCGGAGGAAGAUUCAGAUGGAGAGGAAGACUCCGAGGAUAAUCUCCCCACAGACCCUUCCUGUCAGACAUGUGGACAGGACAGUGACCUGGAAGCCAUGAUCAGACACAUGGAGAAUGUUCUGGAUGGUGAAUUGGUUGGAGCUGAAGCAGAGGAACAGAAGCCUCAGCUGGGUUCUCUAGGAGUGAGUAGCAUCAAUACCUCCAUGGCUGAGGGCAGAAUACAGCGCAUGAGAGAGUCGGUGUGUCUGAAGCUAGGAGAGGAGGUGUUCCUGAAGGUCUAUGACUAUCUGAAGCAGGCCAGGCAGAGGCAGGAGAGUGAAGAGAGCAUCAGACAGGCUCUGAUCCAGCUGGUGGAGAGGCCCGGUGAUUGCUUUGAAGUAGAUCAACUUCUUUAUUAUGAAGAGCUGCUUGUGGCGGCACAGGAAAACACUGUAAUAAGAUAACAAUGAAGCAGAUACACACACACUCACAGAUGUUAUCCGUCAACAACUAUAUAGAUCAAUUUAUGUACUUUCAAGAUCCACAUAUGAUGCAACUUCAUAUUGUGUGAGUGCAAAUCCUUUAUAAGGGUUGUGCAGAAUUCAGGCUAUAUGUCUGACCAGUAAGAAAAAAUAACAAAAAAUUAUAUAUAUAUAUUCUUACUGAGUAGACAUAUAGCCUGAAUAUCUAAACUAAUCUAAAGUGUAAUAUUGUAAAAACUAUUUACACCUUUUUAUUCUGAACAACAGAAUUACAGCACCACAAGAUGUUUUAUUUUUUAUUCAUGCAUUUUGGCAUCAAACGUGCACUCCACUGUCUUCCUUUAAAACAUGCACUCCACUAUCAUCUGUAAAAUAUAAGUUAAUUAAUUAAAUAUAAUGAAAUAUGGGUCAUUUCCAUUAAAAAGAAUGGAAAUGUAUUCAUAUGUUGAUUCAUUCAUAUGUACAUGUUUUGAUGUUUAUAUGUAUCAACUUAUGGAAAUGUAUUCAUAUGUUGUGUGUUUAUGGUUAAAUCAUACUGGAAAUAGUUCAAAAGAAUGUAAAAAUGUAUCAUUAAAAACGACACUUCCUUUAAACUCAAAACACAAUUCUACAUUCUGUUUGCUACGUAAGUUCAAUUUCAGGAUUGAGUUAGAAUUGAAAGCCAUUCUUUAUUCAAUUCUGUUUGCACAGAACUCUGAUAUUUAUGAUGUGUGAUGCAUUCAAGUCAUAUUUCAUAAAGAUUAGGUACUUAGGUCUAUACACAUUGUCCUUGUAAAUAUAAAUAAAUACAAAUGUUGAAAUGUUAUUUAAGGUCAUAUAUUUUUUUGCUUAUUUACUUUGCUUAUUUACAUUGCCCUUUACUGUGUUCACACUGUACACAUAUGAGUAUGUUUUAUGUUUUUUGCUUGAUAUUCGUUUUAACUUCUGAUGGGUCUGUCACUAGUUCAUUCUUUCACUUCUUACAGGUUUAAAAGACUGGCACUGCACUGACAUAUAACAUUUUUUCAUUGUUUUGUGGAAACCCCUGGUGUUUUAUGAUUACAGUUUUUAAUCGACUUGUUUUAUGGUGUCUGUUCACCAAAAAUUGGCUGAUUUCUCACAGCUCAGAAGUUAGUGUGCGCAGUAAAA